CAGGCUUCUCUCUGUAAACACUAAAUUUUCAUUAUGGAGCAUGUGAAAGAGAAUGUCAUUGAAGAACAUGUCUCUGUUAAUACGAAAAUGUAGAUUUAAUAAGUAUUGGAAAUGCGGAGAUUUUGUAAAUUUAUCGAGAAUUCACGAAUUACAUGUCUCAUCAGCAACUAGACUAAAACUUACAAGACAUUUAUGCGGCACGCACGCAAGCCCACAAAUUUUAAAUGACAAAGUUAGAAGAUGCUUAGAUUAUCUCGGAAAUGAAUACAAAAGUGGAUCCUGGGAAAAUAUUAAUGAUCUCGGAUUGAUUGAUUUGAGUGCCUCUAGCAACUUGUUAAGUAAAAGAGUGCAACUUGUAGAAAAUAUUCGGGAUUUACAAGAACUAGCAAAAGAAGACACAGAGAUGAAGAAAUUGGCAACAGAAGAAGAAAAUUUGUAUAAGGAACAAUUAAAAGAACUUGAUGAGAAAUUGUUAAACGUGAUGUUGACUUAUAUUUGCAAAGAACCCUGCAACAGCAUUCUGAUUGAAAUAACAGCAGGUGUUGGUGGUCAAGAAGCAAUGUUAUUUGUUAAAGACUUGUACAAUAUGUAUAUAAAUUACGCUAAGUAUUUAGGUUUAAAUCACGAUGUAAUUGAUUUAGAAACAACUGAUAACAAUGGUAUUAGACAUGCUACCAUUAUGGUAUCUGGUGAUCAAGCUUUUAAAUUUAGACACGAAGGUGGUGUACACCGAGUGCAGCGAGUGCCAGCUACAGAAAGGUCUGGACGAAUGCACACCAGCACUGCCACGGUGGCUGUAUUACCGGCGCCGUCAGAAGUGGAAAUCGCAAUCAAUCCAAAAGAUUUGAGGAUAGAAACGAAAAGAGCAUCCGGUGCGGGUGGUCAGCAUGUAAAUACCACAGAUUCGGCAAUAAGAAUAACUCAUGUACCGAGCGGACAGGUGGUGACCUGUCAGAUACACAGAUCACAGAUCAAAAAUAAAGAAACGGCAAUGACAAAACUGAGGAGUGUACUGUACCAACAGCAAUUAAAUCAGCAGACAUCGGUCAUCAGCAAACAAAGACGGGAGCAGAUGGGAAUGGGAUUGAGGAAUGAGAAGAUUAGAACUUACAAUUAUAAUCAGGAUCGUGUAACCGAUCACAGAUUACAAAAUGGAACAUUACACAAUCUAACAGAGUUUAUGCAAGGUGGAGCGGCACUGGAAGAUUUAGAAAUUAGGUUACACAAGGAAAUACAGAUAAAGACUCUGUUAGAUGUAAUAAAAAAGUUGGAGAUAUAAAUUUAAA